UUUAUGUUAAAGAGAAAAAGCAACCAUUGAAAAAAUUGAGCACUUACUGUUUUUUGAUUAAGGUAUUAUCGUAAACGGGAGUGAGGAGAAACCUUAGUGACGUUCUAGGUCCAAAACGCACUAAUACUCAAAAAAGAAAAAUACUCUUUUGCUCUCUCUCUCUCUCCUUUUUAAUUUAUUUCGCUCUCUCACUCUGCUUCCCUCAACCUUCCUUCAUCUUCCGUGCCAUCUUAUGUACAUAUAAUUAUACCAACCAACCAACACACUAACGGAUAUGUCACUGCCAGAUUCACCAUCAGCUCUACCCCAGUCAUUCUGGUCGCGCACCGUCUAUAGUGUCGCCAUUGUCACGUUUCUCUUGCUUUGGAUGUUUGCAUGGAGUCAUCAAGAUGGCACCAUCCUUCCAACGAACCAACGAGACGCCGAGAUCCCAACAAACUACGCUGCAAAAAUAGACCCAGUUGUGGACUUGCCAAAGAAUAAGCAGCUUUGCACGAGCAGUACAUACAACGACGGCAAAUGGGUCAAAAAGCCAAUCAAGCUCGAGGCUGAGACGGCAGCUGCUGUGGAAAAAGCAGCCAAGUAUUACUGCGCAUGGAACUUUCCUCAUAAAUGUUAUCGUCGACACGACGAGACCGGGGAGUUUAACCGAAGUCGCCACAUCUUGGAUUAUACUUGGAAACCAAAGAAAUGUGAAUUGGUACCAUUCGACGCCAAUGCAUUCUCAGCUUAUCUCGCAGACCAUCCUUUAUUAUUUGUCGGUGACUCUAUCAAUCAGCUAGAGUUCGAGAGUAUGGCAUGCUUGCUUGGCGAAACGCUCUACAACCCACCAGGCAACACCAAUAUCACUGGCGGAAACACCAACAUGUGGGCCAGUCAGCUUGUGCACGAAAGCAAAUUACAGGUUCAAAGUGCUGUUAGUUUGGCCUAUCUUCGAUCGGAUUACCUUGUACGAUUGGACGAUUUCAAGUUGUUGGACCCGUUUGAUGAGGAGGGAUUUGUAAUUGGAAGAGGCAGCAAUUUUCCGUGGUAGGUUUACUUGAGAAAAAGUUCGAGUAUGUGAAAGGCAAAGAAGGAGAUACGUUGUUAGAAAUACUGAACGAUGUGUAUACAACUCGUAGGAAGC